CUUGCGGUCACAUGUCAAAACACGUCACAUCUUUGUAGUUGACUGCGCAGCCAUUUUGGAGAGGCUGUCGUCGAGCUUGUGUGUGUUGUGUUGUGGUGUGUGUGUGUUGUGUGUGUAUAUAUACCAUUACCAGCUGCCUAAAAGAAACCACACAAAGAAACCAAACGGACAAACGUUGGACGACACGCCGUUAAAGAUGGGCCCGCCGGGAGACAGAACAAGAGACAUGUCGACGGAAAGAACGGAGGAGUUCAGCUGGAUGGUCGAUUUAUCUUGACAUGGCAUGCAGCAGGGCGAGUCGGAGGCUGUGACGACUGAAGAAAAGAAGAGAAAAAGAAAACAAGCGCAGCAGACACCUCCAAACUUCAGACUGGGGAAAAGGGGGGAGAUUGUGUUUGGCUUAUUUGCGCCACUCUGCGUCGACUGAUCGAGCCCCUUGCUGUGUUUUCGUCGAUUAAGUUUGUUGACUCGGGCCAACCCACACCGAGCUAGAAUGCCGAGCAGGAGCAGAAGCAGCUAGUCCGUCGCCCCUGCAGGUCUUGCGACUCUCACAGCACUGGCAGACACAUUGGACCUGUCGAGAAGAUGUAAACGCGUAGAAAGAUGACUGUACGCUAGCUAGCCGGACACACACGGGCCUCGAUUACGCCAGUCAGUCAGGAGAUAAGAUGUAGCUUCAUCGUCGGGUCACUACUAGUUAGUGUUGGAAGUGAAUGCCUAGAUUAGCUUGCUAGCUCACCUUAGCUAGUGUGCUAAAAAUACGCCCACAUCAUGACUACCAGCAGUGGCAGGCCGUGGGCCAAGUGAGUGGCAGUAAAAGUCAAGGAAAUGUCAAGGCACUUUGGCAGUAGUCUUCGAUGUUACCCGGUGCCAACAUCUCCUGGCAUCUGUAUUUACCUGCCAUGUUCGUCUGCGUCCCAAACCCGUCUUUAACACGCACAUAACGCUGCAUCUACAGAGACACAAACAUAGAACGAGAGCCAUGGAUGAGGGACUUUGAAAUGACCCAAAUAAUAGAGUAUUUGUCGUUUGCCAGUCUCUGUAGUCCUCAAAGAAAAAAUAAAAUGUAUAUCGCCGGUAUGGGUUUUUACAGUAGCAGCCAUUUCUGUUGAUUUCAGUAAAAUUCUCAGUCAAGACAAAUUUGAGUUGCUCUUUUCUUUAAAUCUCUGUUGAUCCCUUUUGUCGACGGCAGGUUGAAAAAAACAAAACGCUCAAUUGGCUUAAUAGUCAUGUCUUAAAAACAUGGAUUUCUGAACAAGUCAUAAGGAGAUGUAGUCUUAGCUUGUUGACCAAUCCCUUCCUAAACACUGCCCUUUUACAAAAAAAAUUAAAAUGACUUGAGUUUUGUUUUCGGAUUUGUUGAACUUCUCAGUUGGUAGUGGGUAUUUAAUAGAUCUAGCCUAGAGUCGUUUGAUGCGUUGUUUCUGCAAAGGGUAGCUACCUCCAUCCGUUAUCCAACGUAUAAAUACAGAAGUACAGAGUUUUGCCAAAAUAUUCUGCACAAGAGAAGUAGACACUACCAUCAAUAUCUAACCAUGGGGGACCCAACUUCACGAAGAAAUCAAACAAGAAAUCGACUACGAGCUCAACUUCGGAAGAAAAGGGAAUCUCUGGCUGAUCAGUUUGACUUCAAGAUUUAUAUAGCCUUCGUUUUCAAAGAAAAGAAGAAGAAGUCUGCACUUUUUGAGGUAGCUGAAGUGGUGCCCGUGAUGACCAACAACUAUGAAGAAAACAUCCUACGAGGUGUGCGAGAUUCCAGCUACUCUCUCGAGAGUUCAAUAGAACUCCUGCAAAAAGAUGUUGUGCAACUGCACGCCCCCCGAUACCAGUCAAUGCGAAGGGAUGUGAUAGGCUGCACACAGGAGAUGGACUUCAUCCUUUGGCCUCGCAACGAUAUUGAGAAGGUUGUCUGUCUACUGUUCUCCAGAUGGAAGGGGGCCGAUGAUGAACCCUUUAGGCCUGUUCAGGCCAAGUUCGAAUUUCAUCAUGGAGACUACGAGAAGCAGUGCUUGCAUGCUUUGGGUCGUAAAGACAAGGCUGGAAUGGUCAUGAACAACCCAACUCAGUCUGUAUUUCUCUUCAUGGAUAGACAGCACUUACAGACUCCUAAAACCAAGGCCACAGUGUUCAAGUUGUGCAGCCUCUGCCUAUACUUGCCCCAGGACCAGCUGACCUGCUGGGGUGUGGGAGACAUCGAGGAUCACCUCCGCCCAUACAUGCCUGAUUGAGGCUUCCUGCAUCACCCAGCCACACAGGAAAAAGCCCUUCCCCUCCCUCCUGCCUAAGCCUUCAGAAGCAAAUUGAUGUACUCAUCUCCACUCAUUUCCUUUAAAAAGAUUUGAACUCGUGCUUGGAUCUCUCCUUUUUUUUUUUUUUUUUGUUACCUACUCGUUUUCCCCUCCCUGACCUGAAGCUGGUUCAGUUCCCAUCCUUGUUUUUUUUUUUUUUUUAACUCAUGCUCCCAAUGUUUCCCCUCUUCUCUCUGCCAUUUCUGGAUUGGUUUCCCCGUUUUUUUUUUUUUUUUUCUUUUACUCCCUCUUCAUUCCCCCCCUACUCACUCAUACAUUUUUUUUGUUCAUUUGAACCUGCACGAACAUUGAUUUUGAGUGGUUGGUUGUUCUCUUGGAACCGCACUGUCAGCAGCACCGGUCAUUGAAGGAACUCUUUAUGUUGCAUCAAAAACAGGAACAAACAAUACACAGGUCUUCACGGUGGUUCUCAGAUGGACGUGUUUAAUAUCCUUGUUGUCAUAAGAAAAGGAUCGUUAAAGCUUGUUUGUAAUAUCAAUGGGGUUUCUAGAACAACUUUACACAAUCUUUUGACCAAGGACAGGUGUGAAUAGGUGUUUAAACACCUGUAUAAGCAAAGAAAACAAGAUGAACAAUAUUUGUCAAAUCAUAUGGUGUAGGUAUUGCUUCUUAAAAACCGCCUUAGUUUUUUUGCUGGACUUAAAAAAAAUGUUUUGGUGUCAUUUGCUUUCCUCUAAGACAUGCUAGGCAGGCCUUUGCUAAAAUCUUGAGUGGCUUGAGAGGCAUUGUACACAAAGUUGAGACGUGUUGGUUGGAUGUUGAAGGUCAUUGUCACCGUUCAAGCACCAUUCAUUUAAGCUACUGAAAUCUGUUUUAUGUUUUGUUUUAUUUGGGAUGUGGGGUGGUGAGAAACUGAAAUGGUGACAUACUUAAUGUUUAACUUGCCUAACAAAGUUGCUGAAGCUAACUGAUUUUUGUUUAAUUUGACCUACUAAAAUGAAAAUAAUUUGCUGCCAUGCUCAUCAAAUUAAAAUUGGGCUUGCUUUUGAAAGAAUAUGAAGUACAUAGUACAUUUAAUUUUGCUCCUUGUUGAUUCAGUGUGUUCAGUUGAAAGGGUUUUAGGCGUGUAACUUCUGGGUUUUUUUUCUGUUGAUUCUCAAAUCAAUACUGCUGAGCAUAUCCCAAUACAAUGCAAAUUCUGAAA